CGGCACUUUGUCCAAGUCCACUGUACAGCCUCUGGGCCUGACAUAGGACGAGCAAUGCCAAACAGGAGUUUGCUGCAAGUACAGAAAGUUUGCCAAAAUGCUGAGAUGGAAAAAAACAACGAGAAGCUGCUUGGAGGCAGAACUAGAAACAAGCACACACUUCCCAUACAUCACAGGAAGUAGAGAGGAAGCGGGGGAUUUUUAUUUCAACUGCUGAAAAAAUGAAACUAUAUGAGGCCAUGCUGAGAUGACGAAACAUAGCCGAUUGCAGCACUACCAAACAGUUCUGCCAAGUUUGUUUCUAAGAUGAGACACCAUUGAAGGACAAGAAACACACAAGGUGUCGGUAUGUUGCUGUGGGAGUGAGUUUACAGUAAGAGAGGCGCAGGCACACAGGCUGCCUGUUAACUACUUCUGAGACCCUCCUUUCUUCCAGUCUUCAGACAGCGUGUUCAAGGUACAUCAGGCUGCAGACAGGAUGUUUCACAAGGCAACCAAAGACCUGGUAAAGCAGGUGGCUCCAGAUGGAGAUCUGCUCCCAGUUACCAGCCUUAUUGACCAAGAUCACUUCAGACCCCUAUACCUCGUUCGAAAGAAACCAAAAAAGGUAUUCUGGAUGACUCGUCACUGCUACUACAAAACAGGAGUUCAGCUCAGUGCCAUUCUGGUACCUGGACAGGACAGCAGAAAUCUAGAUAUCCAGGAUUCACACUCAUUCACUGUUGAGGACUGCACUGAUGGCAGAGUAAAGUGGACUAUUAAGCUGCCUGAAGACUUUGUGAGUACGGAAUUGACGCUAGAUGCUGGCAGCUACCAAGUGAAGUCCAUCAAGGUGAAAAGAGCAGAGGUCAGCCCAGCAGAUCUCGAGUUUCUACAAGGAGAAAGGAAAAUCAACAUGGACCAUUCCAUCAUUAAGGAUUUACGGAAGCGCAGAGAGAACUUGUAUGUGAUCAACGAGGCUGUACAGACUUUGGAGGAGAGCACAUUAUACAAGGCCAACACCAUGGAAGGCAACAUUCUGAAUGACAUCUGUGUCCAUUUUUCAUUAAAGGGCACCAGAGGCAGCAAGCGUGUCAUAAUUAUCCCUAAGGACUGUGUCCUAGCGUUCAGAAUCAAGCCGCUAAUUAUUCAAAGUGAAUCAUGGUGCAUUUCCCAUCAUCCGGAUGAUGAAACAUUUGUUGCAGACGGUGCAACAGCGCAAUCUAAGUACUCCCCAGAUGGAGGAACGGAAGACCUGCAGACCGACGUUGAAAAAGAAUGUGCAGAGCUCUCACAGUUGUCCACAGAUCUGCGUGCCAAGUUCUUAAAAUCAAUCAUAGCCGUGAUAAUAAACAGCGACCUCUUGCAAGAACUCACACUCCAGCUAGAAGAGGCUUUUGAAGAUGCUGAUAAAUGUGAGCUAAAGAGUGAGAAUCCAGACUUGGAAGACUUGCUAAACAAUUUACAGGAUUCUGCAGGAAGCAUACAUCUUUACCUUGUUGGGCCAGUUCUCUACACUCUACACGCACUUGGUGAGCUAACUGAGGAUCAGUUACUGCGGCUGGCACAGUCUGUGCAGAAGCAGAUUGUAUCCGAACAGCUCGAGCUGGUGAGAGAGAACGCCAGUGAAAUACAGCACCACACAUCUCUCAAUGAAGUCUUCCCUUUUGUGGUCAAGAGCAUCUUGAAGCAAGAUUUCCACCUGAAAGACGCUUUCACCCUGGAUGCCAAGCUGGUCUCCUCCCUGCAAGAGGAGGAACUGAACAUAACCAAGGCAAUGAUAGAGCUGGGUGGAGUAACACUGCAGAGAAAUGGACCUUCUUUCACUGGGACUGGAGACCUGGCUGCUUUCUCAGCCCUCAGUGCAUUGUAUGUAGCCUUGUAUGCUUUACAUCUUCUGUCUAGAUCAGAGUAGAUAGGACACCUUUCCUCACAUUAGAAGGGAUGUCAAUAGAAAGACUGAAAAAAUAUUUCCUGAGGUUGAUUAUGGGAAGUGAGUUUUUCUCUACAAAAAGUAUCCCCAAUUUUAUCCACAUCCACACACUGUAGCAACCUCACUUUGAUCUGGAUGAGACUCUCUUCAUAUCUCCUCAAUGCUGCUUCUAGAUCAGUAGGUGGGAGAAGGGGAUUGUUGCAAGUUGCCUGGCAGCCAAAGGAAGCGAAAACCAGAACCAAGAAUUAAAACAGGUUCUCUCACGAGAACCCAUGGCCCAGAAUGUCGUGAGCUUACCUGCCAUAUUUUGGCAGAACCGGCCAAUGGGAGCUGGGGGGGGGGGCCUGCGGGCAAGAGGAGCUGGAGCUGCUGCUGGCCGCUUCAGGCGCAGCACGGUCCGCAGUGCCAGGACGGGCGGGAAACCUGUCUCUGGCACCCUGGCUGCGCCGCUGACUGGGAGCUGCUGGAGGUAAGUCCGUGCCCCAACCCCAAUGUUACAUUGCAUAUGGAAACAUCGGGGGGCACAACUGCCUAGAGAACAGCCACUAAUUAUAACCUAUAAGUAAUGUAGUAAGCCCUCCCCCCUACUCUACUAGACAGCCUGGACCCAACCUUCUCGGGCCCACUGUAAUGGGAAGUCUGGAACACUAAUUGGAAUAGGCAUGGUAUGCCCAUACGAGAGAAGGUGCAGGGCACAGUACUACACAAGGGGCAGAUGGAAUAUCAACACCUUCCAUCUUGAUUCCUUUCCCUAUCAGGAAGUGUGUCGCCAUAUGUCCUAUGCUUUUCCAGGGAUACCUGGGCAGGAGGAUCCCAAAAGAAAAGGAAUGAAAAAAGGGGAGGUGGAGUGUUAGGAUAUAGAUAUUCAGGCCUAUCUGUAAACGCCUAUACUUUAAGAAU